GCGUGAUACAUGCUGUGAAGUCAACAUAUACAUAUACAUACAUGUAAAGGAAUUCACAAGAGUUCCAGAGGGUAGUAGUUUUUUUUGUUUGUUUUUUUCAAGCAAGUGGAAAUGUUCGCGACCCUGUUCCACGUGGUGCUGUUCGUUGCGGCCAUCAUCGGCCUCCUGGCCAUUAAACAACGGCGGCUGCGGCACUUCCCUACCCGCCGCACGCACAUCCCACGCCGCAGCGCGGAGGGCACCAUUUGGCUGCAGCGUGCUGUGAACGCCACCUUAGACAUGCUUCACUGCGCUCUGGCAGAACAACAUAAAGGGGACGGAGGGCCAGUGUCUGCUGCUGCCGCGAAUACGAAUGCGAAUGCCAGUGGUGCUGCUGCGUCUGGUCCGACCCCCACAACGAGGCCGUCCGCAGCAGCAGCAGCAGCAGCAGCAGCAGCAGCAGCGGGGAAGGCGCCUUCGACGCACGAUGACGACUCAGGAAGCGACGGUAGCGCCGAGGUGCUCUCCGACUUGCCCUUCUUGAACACCUUGAAAGCCCAAUUAGAAGAACAGAUUAGUGCGUUGCUGGAAGACAACGGCAUCACCUCGUUCGCCGACUUCCGCAUUAAAGACUGGGGUGGGAAGCCGCCGCUGGUGAAGGCGGUGUGGCUCUCGCACGGCGGCGGUGCCGGCCCGUCCAGCAGCCUCAGCACCAGCAACAGUGGUAAUACGAACGGCAUGAGCAGCGUCACCGGCAGCGGUGGUGGCCUGGGCGGAAGUCCCAACUCCAACGUGAAUGGCGAUGGCCCGCUGGCGGGGCAGCGGGGAAGUGGCGGGGGUGUCGUCCAAAGCAUGGCCAGCGGUUCCUCCGCAGCGGGCAGUCCGAGUGCUCUUGGCCCGCAGCACUACCCCUCCUUAAGCGGUAAUCAACCCCUGCAUUCCAGCGUCGUGGGCCGCGGCGCGCAGCUUGGGUUGACGACGGUGUUUACAAGUAAUAGCAGCAACGGCGAUGAUGCAGGUGGUCUGACUAGUGUUGGUGGGGGUGGGGGAGUACGGGAGCACAGCUUGGCCGGCUCGAUGUUGCACGCCAGUCGGCUGGGGGGCCUAAACAGCAAUAGCAACGGCAGCGGCAGUGCGACGAACCUAGCGAUGAGCGCGGCGGAUUCAUCCGCUGGGGUUGGCGGUGGUGGCGGCAGUGGUGGUGGGGCGACGGCGGCGGGAACGACAUCCGCGGCUGCCGCCUCGCUGACGACCGGUAGGAAUGCUUCGGACACCACGCGGUCCCUCUCUACCUUGGAGGCGGAGGUGGAGGUGGAGUACAGCGGCAACUUCAGUGUCUCGCUGAACGCAGACGUGCCGAUUGCGCGUGGGCGAUAUCUGCAAGUGUACGCGUCGAUCAGCGACGUUCGCGUGUUUGCUGCCCACGUGCGGCUUCGCCUCUCCCUCGAGUACGAACCCGCCACCGUGGAGUCUCCGCAGCCGCAACCCUAUCUCCUCGGCACGCUGUGGCUUGUAUCGGACCCUGUCUUCGAUGUUGCCUUCCACUCCACCCUCAGUCAGUAUCGUGUUCGUGACUUCUUCCUCGUGCCCAAGCUCAUUAAAUUUUUCCUCUUACGCUUUCUGCGCAACAAGCUUCGACCUACUACAUCGCCACCCCCGCCCUCAUCGUCCCCCUCGACCAAUGCGGCAGCCCGGCACGCCAACGCACGCCGCCGCCGCCAGGGAGCAGCAGGCGCAGCAGGAGGUGGCGGUCAGGGCACACCGGACGAAGCAGCCGCAGAAGGAGACCGGGCGUCAUCGGACGCGUCUGGGCUUUCGUUUCGCAUUCAGCUGCCGGCGGACGUGGUGGAUGGCGGGGAGCAGUGGUGGUCGUCGAUGGCGCAUGACACCAUGAGCGAACGCCCUGCGCCGUUUAUGCGGGCGUACCAUCCAUGA